AUGGGGUCGAAUCGCACCACAACGCUGCGUUGUAUCUUCACCAUGCUCGGGGACCCUUCGGGUCUCUCCCACGCUGAAGCGGCAGAUUCCCUAUUCCUGAUUUUAGAUGUUUUCUGCGGAAGGAAUGGCCCAUGUUCGGAAACACUCACAGAGGCAAAGGGACACCGAUGGGGAUGGGACAUUUCUGAUGUUUUCCUUUUCAGGUCCAAUGAUCGGCUGGCACAAAUUCAGGAGCCGGGCAGGAGUUUGAUCCACAUCCCUUCCACAGGGCCUGGGUAUCGCGGUGUCAGCGACGAUUCCAACUUCGCGGGGGACCGCAGAGAGUCCUUCAACCUUCGAAUGCCCCAAUCGAUGUCGAACGAACUUUGCGGGAUGGGCGAAAACCGAUGGCCCAGCUCCGCGGAAUGGAACGAAGAGUUCCGAAGCAGCAGCGAGGAAUACUUCCAGCUGUGCUUCCAGACCUGCAGUGAACUACGCAGGGCCUUGGCGCACGAGAAGUGUUUGGGGCCGUUCUUGGGCAGUGAGGCGAAUUCGGACAGGGCCUUUGCCAGAUCUAGCAGCCUACUCGGCUUCACCCAUUACAACUAUAACGACUUCAAGCCGAGCGCUGGAUAUGUUGUGGCAGAUGCUUCAGAGCAGGUUUUCGGCAUUCGUCCACAUCAAGACGAUGGCCUCUGCACCUUGUUGUACACCGACGGCCAGCCAGGGCUGGAAUAUGCCAAGUGUCGUAGCGCGGGAUCGAUGUUCUUCGCUGAGAGCUGUCGCAGUGAUGAGCAGUUUUCGAAGGACAUCCUCUGGGAAGAAGUGCCCUUCCUACCUGGUCAUUGGAUCGUGAACCUCGGCACCGACUUGUUCCGUUGGGCGCAGCAGCGCUCAAAGGAGACUUCGGAUUGCCGCAGCUGCAAAGCCACGCUGCACCGAGUGGUGCCCAAGUGCCGCGAGAGGUAUUCCAUGCCUUUCUUCUACGAGCCAAACUUGGAUGCCAUGGAUCCAUGCCAGCCUCACAAGAAGAGAUAUGAAUACUUGAUUGAAGAUGCCAAGUGA